AUGCAUCACGAUCAAUUGGGAAAGACUGAAUCUCAAGGUCUAGUUUCUCUCUUAAACUCAGCACAACAAUUCUAUGUGCGGAUUCGGCAAAUUCCAAAUCAAAAUGAUACUAUUGGUAUUUCUACAGUCGAAAAUAAUGAUGAUGAUGAUCAACCUGAACCACUUCGAACACAUGAAAUAAUCCUUGUAAUAUGCGUUUUAUUAAUAUGGUGUGCUUCAAUACUUGUUUUUAUUCGUCAUUCACAAUUAUUACGAAUUCGUUAUCGUGAUAUACCAUAUUAUUCUCCUGCAAAAAACUCGGUGAAUUUAAAUCAAACUGUUCUUUCUAGUCGUACGAGUGAUGCAGCUAUUCGUUCAAAAUCAUGUGUUUCAUCAACAGGUGGUAUAACACCACCUAUUGGCAGACUUAUAAUGAAUGGAUAUAGACAUGGUGAAGCAAUUGAAACUGUAUCAUUAUCAAUAUCACCAUCAUCAAAAAAACGACGACAUCCACCUUCACUUGACAUGACUAUGUCACUAAUGACAAAACAUUCUUUCGAUAAACAUAACGAUAAAGAACAAUUACUUCAUCCACAUCGUAUUUCAACUGAUGUUAAAGACGGUUUACUUGAAUUACAUCGUAAAAGUAUAGGAAAUUUACAUCGAAAAAGUAUGGAUAAUUUAUCUUCAAUAAAAUAUUCAACAUUCUAUUCAGCAAAUGAUAUUACAAAUCGUCAACCAAAUCAUACGGAAGAUUUAACUACUAAAAAACGAGGUAUACAAGAAUCACCUGUAUAA